AAACUGUGGAAAGUAAUAGUUAUUACUACCAUUAAUUGCAUCGAGUAAAAUUGUAAUAUCGAUACCGUGUUGGCUGGAAGUUUAGGCAUAUUCGAAGAUGGAUGAUGAUUCCUCGAAGAUAUUGUCCAUGAAUAGAACGCUAGAUGAAGUCCGAAUGUUGAAUGCCAAAAACGAAAAACUGCUCAAAGAUUUCGGCAUCGAUCUCACUAACUUGAGCGACUCCGCCCAGAAAGCACUGGAUGACUACGCCAAAAUCAAAUAUCUCACCGGCCUAACGGAAAUGGACGCAUCCUUUGUGGACGGGUACUGCUACCAAGAGCAAGCGAAUCGUCUCGGUGCCCGCCUUCAAUCGAUCACCCUCAAGGCAGACAUCAAAAAGCUGAAGGCGGACCUCCAGCACGAGGAAGCCGAUUUGGCCAAGUUGGAACACUUUGUCACGGAAACGCGGGCCCAGUUGGUGCCGGCGGAUGAGAUGGAGAAGUUGCGUGUCACCCGGGAAACGCAAAUCGAGAUGCUGCGAAGCAAACAGAAGACUCUCAUGGAAAAAGCGGACGCAGUGAAUCUUGAUGAGUUAAUUGCCAAGGUCAAUGUACUUGAGACGGAGGAGAAUGCUUGAUAGUGUUUUUUUUUUUGUUGUAUCGUUCAUUGACAAUAAACGUGACUAAUCAUGUGUGAUUCCCCCAGGCACUGCUGUUGGAAUAAGUCACUACCGUUUUGAGCUGUGAUCAAGUAAAUAUGUAGGGAGAAAAAU